GAACGGCCGCCCCCUGUCGCGGCCUUUGCCGCCGGGCCCCCAAGGCCACCAUGAAGACAGAGGUGUGCUCCGUGGCCUUCCUCAAGGCCGUGUUUGCAGAGUUCCUGGCCACCCUCAUCUUCGUUUUCUUCGGCCUCGGCUCAGCCCUCAAGUGGCCAUCUGCACUGCCCUCCAUUCUGCAGAUCUCCAUGGCCUUUGGUCUGGCCAUAGGCACUAUGGCCCAGGCCCUGGGGCCCGUGAGUGGGGGCCACAUCAACCCUGCCAUCACCCUGGCCCUCUUAAUAGGCAACCAGAUCUCACUGCUCCGGGCUAUCUUCUACGUGGCAGCCCAGCUGGUGGGUGCCAUCGCCGGGGCAGGCAUCCUCUAUGCGCUGGUGCCGACCAAUGCCCGGGGCAACCUGGCAGUCAACGCGAUCAACAACAACACAACGCCAGGCCAGGCUGUGGCAGUGGAGCUCAUUCUCACCUUCCAGCUGGCACUCUGCAUCUUCUCCUCCACUGACUCCCGCCGCACCAGCCCUGUGGGCUCUCCAGCUCUGUCCAUUGGCCUGUCUGUCACGCUGGGCCACCUUGUGGGGAUCUACUUCACCGGCUGCUCCAUGAACCCAGCCCGCUCUUUUGGCCCCGCAGUGGUCAUGAAUCGGUUCAGCCCCUCACACUGGGUCUUCUGGGUGGGGCCCAUCGUGGGGGCCACCAUGGCUGCCAUCCUCUACUUCUACCUGCUCUUCCCUACCUCCCUGAGCCGCAGUGAUCGUAUUGCAGUCAUCAAAGGYACCUAUGAGCCAGAGAACAUCGGAAGAGUAUAG